AUGGAGAUGAUUUUUGGUGACAAAAAUGAAGUUAACAUACAUGAGUUACAGGAAAUGAUUGAUCGUAUUCGACGAGAGUCACAAUUAAUAAUAGUUUUUAAUCUAGCUAAGAUUAAUGAAAAUGUAAGUCAAUUAUAUGAUAUUUUAUUACUCCGUCCUGAUCGAUUAAGUAAUGCAGAAAUUCUAAGUACAUUAAGCCAAAAUCAAAAUCAAAUUGAUCAACGUAUAUUAACCGAUCGUUUACUAUCAAUGAAAUUACCCAUAGGUAUUGUCAUUUGGACAGGAUAUAGUGGAUUACUUGGUUGUAGUUUAUCAGAUGAGUAUUAUCAAUUAGCUAUAAGUAUGGAUUUGAAACCAAAUGAUAUCUAUCGUUUAUCAUUAAUCGCAUCAUUUUACACGGAAAAAACACCACGUGAUAAUUGUCGUGAAUUAUUUCCAUUUGCUCGAUUCUAUGAUACAUUUGCAAAACGUUAUACAUUGGAAAAUUCUACUGAUUGGAAACUUCAAAUUCUCCGUAAUUGUCAAUUUUUUUUAAGCCGACCAUUAGCUUCACGUAGUAAACGACGUCGACGUAGACGUCGUAUUAUUGAUUGUUUAUAUUUUUGA